CCCAUGUUUGUUGUUGUAUUUUGAUAGCUUUAACGUCUGUGUUUUAAAGAGAAGAAUCCUAUGACUUGUCUGGUAGUGUUAAAUAUUAUAUUAUGUAUUUGUUGUAAAACCCCUGCUUCGUAUUCAUUUGAGCCGUGACUCUAACCACUUUCAAUGGAAGAGGAUAUUAAACCAGAUUCCUUGGACCUGGCCUUGACUGUAGCCUUCAACAUAACUAGUAAACUGUUCGAGGACUCUGGUACAUCAUCGGAACCUGUAGAACCGUAUGUUAAGUCAGUAGAGCCACCAGAUACACCCGUUGAACCAUUUAGUACACCCGUGGAAGCGUUUAGUACACCCGUGGAACCGUUUAGUACACCCGUAACCGAAACAAGAGUGAAGAAAAAAGAGAACGGAUUUAAAUGUGAUAUUUGUUCUAAAUGGUUUAGACAAAGAAGUAUGGUCGAGAUUCAUAUGGUAGUUCAUACUGGCGAAAAACCCCAUAAGUGUGAAGUCUGUAGUAAAUAUUUUACCCAGCGUAGUGCCUUACUAAAACACAUGAAAAUUCACACCGGAGAAAGGGCUCAUCAAUGUGAUAUUUGCAACAAAUCAUUUAGGACUAAUGACCAUCUAAAGAGACACACCAGAAUUCACACAGGAGCAAAACCUUAUAAAUGCGAUGUUUGUGAUAAAGCAUUUAGCUCUCAAUAUCAACAACAGAAGCACAUCAUGUUACAUAGUGGAGAGAAGCCUUUUAAAUGUGAGGUUUGCGGUAAAUCAUUUAGUGACAACCACUCCCUAACAAAACAUAUAAUGCUUCAUACGGGGGAGAAAUCCUAUUGUAGAUAUUGUACCAAAUCAUUUUCUACCAGAUACAAGUUGAGCAAGCAUAUAAACAUUGUUCAUAAAGGUGAAUGUCCCUAUAAAUGUGAUUUUUGUACUGAAGCAUUUGUUACGAAAACCGAGUUAAAAGCACACGUCGACACACAUACUGACGUGGAUCCAUUCAUAUGUGACAUUUGUCAUAAAUCAUAUCUAAUUAAGAGUUCUUUUAACGCACACGUCAAACUACAUUCAGCAUCCAACCCUUGUAAAUGUGAAGUUUGCAAUAAGCCAUACUCAAGUUACGCACAACUUCAGGUUCACAUGAGGGUCCACAAUGGCGACCGACCAUAUGAAUGUGAUGUAUGUGGUAAAUCAUUUAUUGAAACCAGCAACUUAACGACCCAUAUGCGAAUUCACAAUGGCGUUAAACCCUAUAAAUGUAAAGUUUGUGGUAUGUCAUUUACGCAAGGAGGAAUUCUAAAAAGACAUAUACGAACUCAUACCGGGGAAAAACCAUUUAGAUGCGACAUUUGUGAAAAAUCGUUUGCUGAAAAAAGGUGUCUGGAAAAACACAUCAUGAUCCACACGGGUGAAAGGCCUUUUAAAUGUGAUGUUUGUAAGAAAGCAUUUAUUACUAAAUAUGAUAAACAGAGGCACAUGGAAAUUCACACGAGGGACAAGCUUUAUCCAUGUGAUAUCUGUAGUAGGUCAUAUACUACCAAUCGUGGCUUAGAGAAACAUCGAAAUGAAAAACAUAAUGAACAACUGUCAGAAGGGGAUCUUUACGUUACCAGUUGAUUAUGAAAUAUAUUUUAUUUAAUUAUUUUUAUAUGCGAGUCGAGUGUUUUUCUCUUUCAAACAGUUAGAUUAUGUAGAGCAGAGAGAGAGAGAAAUGGGGUUUAACGUCCACUCGACACAAACUAGGUCAUUUCGGGACAUGGUUCAAUUUUAUUUCCAUAAUUCGCUUGCGCGUAGGGGUCUUUAGCAGUGGGAGGAAACCGGAUGCUUGGAGAAAACCCACGAGGUUGGACAGGCGACCAUACUCCUUGCCACGUACAACUGGGGAAUCGAAACCACGCCAGUUGACUCAAUGACAGACUUUAUGGUACAACGCGCACGUGUAUGUAGAGCAGGAAACGUGCUCAACGAUGUUAAAAUUUGUAGACUAGAAACGUGCUUUACGCUGAUAAAAUUUGUUAAAUACGAUGAUAGAUGAUACAUUAAAGGAGUAGAAACCUGCUAGAUACACUAAUCAAAUUUGUAGUGAACACUGGCAAUAUAAACUGAUAAAAGAAAUAUUUGUACAUUUUAUAAAUAUGUAUAUAUUUUAUCACUUCAGUAUAUUAUAACGAUAAUCGUAAUAUAAUUAUGUUUUUGUAAAAGAAGUAUAUAAAUUUGCAAGUAGAAGAUAUUUACAUAGAUGUAAAAUAUACAUAACAUUGUUUUUAUGUUAAAUAAUUUAUUAAUGCAUAUUUUCUAUGAAGUAGAUAUUCGGGGUAUAAUUGUUUUUGUAUAUUGAUCAUAGUUUUUCUGCUAUCGUUUAAAAUAAAUUAUGUAAAUGUGUUGGAAGAAGACAUUUCAUAUAUACAUAUGAUAUGUAUUGUACGUUUAUGUUGAUUAAUUUAUUAGGGUAAGAUUCUAUUUAUAAAUACUGUAGAUGAAUGUUGAUGAAUUCAUCGCACCGUACCAAAGACAAUAAUUGAUAUUUAAAGACUUUUUGUCAAUCUUGACAUAUGGUGAUGAUGCUAAGGCUGGACCCAUAAAAUUCUUUCAGCUCACCAUCAUGGUCUGUAAUACGAUGAACAACAGAUUGGCGUGAUAGUCAGACUGGGAGAGGGAACACCCAACCGCGACUUCGAUGGACUAUCUGAUCUAUUCACGAAACUACAUCUAAUGGCAUAUAUUUAAAAGCAUGCACCCAAAACAACCAAACAGAACAUAGAUUGUCAGCAAACACAAAGUCCCUAAUUAGUUCGUAUCAAAACACGAAGUUGCCCUACAUCUUAAAGGCACAAUUGUAAUGCUAUUAUGUUAUUUACAUUUUAGUUUCUGCACCAACCGGGAUAAUGAAGACGGGCAUACGCCAUGCAGUGUGCUGUGUGACAAUUUUAACAGUGGCAAUGACGUAGUACACUGCACUAUUUUUCCAACCCCAUCUGGUAGGAGAUACGUAACAUGCUGUCAACGGGAGCACCUCCGUGUUCGUCACAACCGGGGAACUCUUCUCGGCCAUGCAGUGUGCUAUGUGGCAAUUUUAACAAUGCCAGUGGCGUAGUACACUACUCUAUUCUUUUUUCCAAUCCCAUCCGAUAGGAGAUACGUAACAUGCUGUCAACGGUAGCACCUCCGUGUUCGUCACUCCCGGGGAACUCUUCUCGGUCAACACCGGGAUAGUACCAGGGUCAUCCUUAACGUGCUACCAACGGUACGCACAGGACCUCGGUUGUCAUGCUGUACCGCUGAUCAGGUCAACCUAGACUGGAAAAUCCGGAGGAACCAGGUACAUCUUGGUUAGUGAACCAUCUCCACACAUACCGAACCACCAGUGACUCCCGCCUUUAAUCGCUACUAGAUUACCAUACAGACGCUGGUUGUAACAUUUCUGGUUUGCUUGAUAAUACCUAUAAAUAUCACAUAACCUAUUCAAGUCUCAAAUUAUAUUUUAUUAUGGCUGUAACAAUGGUUAAUAACAGACAACUUCCAUUAGAGUUUUAAGACAUAAAGUUGUUAAAACUAGAUAAAAUCCCAAAUAACACCGUUUAUGGUAUAAAACGAAGAUUUAUGGGUAUUUUUAUAGCGGUUUGCCUUCUUUAGAAUCAUUAAAUUGUGCUGUAGUACGAUGGUUACUGGUCAUAAUAUAUUAAAUAUACCCUCCAUU